CGCAGUCGCAGCCCCGGAGCAGCGCCGCGAGCGCGGCCGGAGCGUUGCCGGAGCGUCGUGGGCUCGCGAUCGCCAUGGCGGAGUUCCCGUCGAAAGUGAGCACGAGGACCAGCAGCCCCGCUCAGGGCGUGGGAGCCUCAGUGUCUGCGCUGCGACCGGACCUGGGCUUCGUGCGCUCCGCUCUUGGGGUGCUCGCUCUUCUGCAGCUGGUGCUGGGGCUGCUGGUGUGGGCCCUGAUUGCUGACACCCCAUACCAUCUGUAUCCUGCCUAUGGCUGGGUCAUGUUUGUGGCUGUCUUCCUGUGGCUCGUGACAAUCGUCUUCUUCGUCAUCUACCUGUUUCAACUGCACAUGAAGUUGUACAUGGUGCCCUGGCCGUUGGUGUUACUGAUCUUUUUUGUUGCUGCUACGGUGCUCUACAUUACCGCCUUUAUUGCCUGCGCUGCAGCGGUUGACCUGACAUCGCUCAGGGGCUCCCGGCCCUAUAACCAGCGCUCAGCUGCCUCUUUCUUUGCUUGUCUGGUGAUGAUUGCCUACGGAGUGAGUGCUUUCUUCAGCUUCCAGGCCUGGCGAGGAGUGGGCAGCAACGCGGCCACAAGUCAGAUGGCUGGGGGCUACUCUUAAGCCAGCUCUGCUGUGGUCUGAGCCAUGGCUGGGUCUUAGCAGCGUCACCCCCAAUCUAACGGGACUCCAGCACUCCUGAGGAAUAGGUGCAAGCUGGCACAGAUGGGCUGCCAAGAGCCAGGAGUGGGGGCAUCCUCCCCACCUCCCUCCUUCAGCAGAAGGUGAUGGGGCGGGGGGCUCUUAUGGCUCUGCCUUGUCAUCAGAGAACUUCGUAUCCCAGGCUGGGCCACCCUGCUCACAGCACUAAAUGCACUAACAGACCUCCAGCCUCUGACCUGCCAUAGUAUAAACCUAACAAAAUGACAGAUUAUCUUUGUUCCAGAAGCUAAGCAAGCCCCCAGCUCUUCUGGUACCACCCCCCC